GCGCCGGGGAGCCCUGUGAGACCCGCCUUCCCCUCGCGGCCCGGCCGCCCCGGCCCCCCGCCGCCAUGUCGGUGGAACCCAUGGCCUACGAGACGCAGUUCUUCGGGUUCACGCCCCAGACGUGCAUGCUGCGCUUCUACAUCGCCUUCCAGGACUACCUCUUCGAAGUGAUGCUGGUGGUGGAGGGCGUGAUGCUUAAGAAGCUGGACAGCAUCCCCGGCUGCAAAGUCAGCCCUUCCCAGAUCCGGAAAUGCACCGAGAAAUUCCUGGUCUUCAUGAAGGAGCACUUCGAUAAACUCUUCGCUAAAAUGGAAGAAGUGGUGCUGCAGCUGGUGAUGAAGAUCCCUAAGAACGUGCUGCUGCCCGAGGACAGGGUGCAGGAGCAGUAUCCCUACAGCAAGGAGGAAUUCCAGGCGCUGCAGGACGAGCUGCAGCAGCUGCAGCAGCAGUGCAGGGCAGAGGCGGCCGCGGAGCAGGCGCUGCGAGCAGAGCUGGAGGAACAGAAAGCUGUCACGGCCGAGCUGGAGAAGAUUUUGCAGUGCUUUGAUGGGCUUGAGAAUAUCUGCAGGGAGCACGGGGCCAGCAACUUCAAGGAAAGCUUUGCCCUCCUGAUGCAGAGCUCUAAGAAACUGCAGGAUGUGCUGAAAGAUGUUGAGGAGAAGAGCAAAAAAAUGAAGCAGCGUGAUCAGUUAAUGUAAUGGAAAUUCUGAAAAGGCAACAGAUGUCAUACAGAGAGCUUGCUUAAAAUUACAGGGGCUUAUCUUUCCCUUACUCCACUCAUCCUGCCAGGAUUUGGUCUAAAAGCUGUUAGCUGUGCCAGUUUGCACCUCCCUAAGGCAGGAAGGGGAGAAAAGCCUGUAAAAUGUAACUCAGCUUGUUAACUUCCUAAGUUCUUCCUAAAUUUUGGGUUGCAUAAGGGACUUUUGAAAACACUGCAUGUUACCUUUGAACACAGUGUAGCACUUGCCCAUUUUAAGGAUUAUAAAAACAAAGCCUCGCUAAGACUUGUAGGAAUGUGUAGGUGGUUUCCAGCCUGAGGCCGGUGCAGGCUCAGUGAGGACAUGGGGACUUUGCCAGGAGCUGCCUGCCCAUGUCUGCGGUGCCUUUCACUGUGUUUGGAAAGCCAGCAAGGAGGAAGUGCAGGGAGAAGGAUGACACUGAUGCUGUUGACAAGGUUCUGAUGAGAUAUGUUGACAUCAAACCAAGUUUUAGCCCAAUUUCUGGAAUCUCAGGGUUCCUCACCACUCCACCUUUGAUUGUUUCAGCACAGAGCUGCUGCUCCACAGAGCAGAAGCCACUGGAGGAAAUGAGUAAUUCCAUCACUUUGUCCUACUUCAUCUUAAAUUGCUUUAUAUAUUCUUUUUGGGUUUUUUUUGUUGUUGUUGUACAGUGUCUGUUUUCUACUAAAUAACAAAAUUCCUUUUAUUAAUGUUUAAUCAGAUUUUCUUGUGAAAAUGUUAUGAAUACUGAUAAGCUCGUGUCUUCAUUAAACUUAUUCUCUCUGUACUUAAUUCGAAAUCCUUGAGAGUCUGUGCAUCUUUCCAUGGCAGUUUUUUUAAUCUCCUGGUUAAUUCUAUCAUUAAAUAUCAAUAUUAAUUUCUACUUUACUAGCAUAG